GGGGUCUUUGGGGCGCAGUGGGGGCCGGGAGGGCUGAUGGCAAAGCCGUGGGGAGGCUGCAGCGUUCUGAGCCUCGCCGCCACCCGAAUCUCCCCUCCUGCGGGGCCAGAGGUGCAGCCACAGGCAAUGAUUUACCAGCCCGUGCCCCCGCCCGCAGACCUUUGAGCCGGGCCCGGCGCUGCUCCGUGUGGCGAUGCUCUCCCUGGGGUCCUGGCUGCCCGCGUGGCCGGGGCUGGCGUGGGGCUGGGCGCUGCUGGAUGCACUGCUGCGAGGUGAGGCCGUGGGGACGUGGGGACGUUGGGGACACUGGGGACGUGGUGACACGGCGCUGCUUCUCCCCGCAGGGCUGGUGGGGGCCUGCGCCACCUCGGUGCUCUGCAGCCUGCUGAGGGUUUAUCUCUACAUCCGGUGCCUGAACGACCCGGCGCGGCAGGACCUGCGGGCGGCCCUCGGUGCGCGGCGCUGGGCGCUGGAGCCGCUGCACGUGCUGGUGCUGACGGGCGUCCUGGCGCUGGUGGGCGCCCGCGUGGCCGCGCUGGUGGUGCUGGAGUUCUCCCUGCGCGCCGUCUCCACGCUCCUCUCCUUCAGCAAGGGCGCCCACAGCAUCCAGCUGCUCCUGCUGUGCCAGUUCUCGCUGGGCUGCGGGCUGUCCUGCGGCCUCAGCUUCCUGCUGGAGGGAGCUCCCCACGGCACCUGCAACCUGGCGCUGGCGGCAGGGCUGGCGGGGCUGCUGGCCGUGCACGCCCGCCGCUUGGCUCUCCACACCUGCACCCUCUACGAGCUGCACAGCCGGGCGCAGUACUGCGGGGUCUGCAUGCUGCUGCUCACCUCCGGGCACGGCGUGCCCCGGCUGCUGCGCAAGGCGCUGGGCAUCACCUUCGUCGUGGCUGACCUGGCCGCCGUUGCGCUCAUCAAUCGCGAUUUCCUCUCGACGGCGGAGGCCGUCCGCUUCUGGACGCCGCUCACUAUCUGCUACACGCUGCUCGUUGUCUACAUGCAAGAUGGGACGAUAUUUGGAUCCCCCAGGUUUUGGAGGUGACACGUUCCAGAGGUCACGUCUGUCCCGCCAGAUUUUUAGGAUGACGCAACCAAGAUGAUGUUUCUCCACGUGUUGGCUUUGCAAAAGGGUCCCCAAAGAUUUUAGGGGUGACUCAAAAAGGUCAUCGGGCCAUCCCCAAUACCUGGGGGAUCCAAACCGGGAGGGCAUUUCCCCAUGCAGUGGCUUUGCAUUAGGGACCUGGAAUACUCUGAGGAUGACCCCACCAGGAGUUUGCUUGGGUCCCAAGCUGACUCAGCUGUGAUGUCAUCUGGGUCCCCCAAGUUUUGAGGAUGGCUCAGCCAGGACGUUCCCAAACUGGAUGAAUUCCACACUCUGCCUGGUUGUGGAACGUGCCAUCUCCAUGUGGCCAAGGCCCUGGUGUCCAUGCGGGGGCUGCCCUGACUCUGUGUCCCCACAGAGGAUCAGCGGUCGAGCGCGGGCAGGCAGUCAGCCUACCAGACAGUGCUGGUGCGCAUGGGAGGCCUCUUCAUCCUCCUCCUCACCGUGGGCCGCUGGACCGACAUACUCCACAUCUUCCUCUCGCUGCUGGGUGAGCUCUGG